AUUCAGUAUUUUAAAUACUUUCCUAUUGCUUUGUUUGUCUACUGUAUUAAAUACUUAAGGUUUCGGGCAGAAUAAAAAAAAUGGAAGGAACACCAAUACUGGGUAGUACUAGCAGAGCAGGUGGAGCAUCGGGAGUAUUUCCAAGAAACCAUCAGAUUCCCGACCGAUCAGUUUCUCUCUUUUGUUCCUGUUCUGGGUUUUGCAAUUCACCACUGAAGGAGUUAGUAGAGUUGAAGAACCUCAAAUCAACAGAAACAUUUCCUCUAUUCCAUUCGAUCAGAAAGAAGAGGAUUAACAAGAGGUUGGUAGUGUCUAAUAUGGCUGAGUUGGAAGCAACUGCGGUGACUUCUGACAUGGAAUCAGGAAAUAUGAUUUUCGAGCCUAUUCUAGAGGAAGGGGUCUUCAGAUUUGAUUGUUCUCCGGACCAUAGGAAUGCGGCAUUACCGAGUGUCUCUUUUGUUAAUUCCAAAGAUCGGGACACACCAAUGAUGGGUAGUCAACAAGUUCCUUCUUAUACCCCUACUUUUGAAUGUGUUCAUGGACAACAAAUUGUUCAAUUGGAGCUUCCGAUUGGUACCUCAUUCUAUGGAACUGGAGAAGUUAGUGGACAACUUGAACGGACGGGGAAGAGAGUUUUUACGUGGAAUACGGAUGCAUGGGGUUAUGGCCCUGGGACUACAUCCUUGUACCAAUCGCAUCCUUGGGUACUAGCAGUUCUUCCAAGCGGUGAGGCACUAGGGGUUCUUGGCGAUACUACGAGACGAUGUGAGAUUGAUUUGCGGAAAGAAUCGACUAUAAAGUUCAUCUCUCCAUCACUGUAUCCUGUCAUUACAUUUGGUCCAUAUGCUUCACCCACCGAUGUUUUGAUAUCUUUAUCUCAUGCAGUUGGAACUGUAUUUAUGCCUCCAAAGUGGUCUCUCGGAUAUCAUCAAUGUCGUUGGAGCUACCGCUCUGAUGCACGAGUUCGCGAGAUUGCCCAAACUUUUCGGGAGAAGGGUAUACCUUGUGAUGUAAUAUGGAUGGAUAUUGACUACAUGGAUGGAUUUCGUUGUUUCACUUUUGACCAGGAGCGCUUCCCGAAUCCAAAAUCUUUGGUGGAAGAUCUUCAUCUCACCGGUUUCAAAGCAAUCUGGAUGCUCGACCCCGGGAUCAAACAUGAACAAGGAUACUUUGUUUAUGAUAGUGGUACCGAAAGAGACGUGUGGAUCCAAACACGUGAUGGAAAGCCAUUUGUUGGUGAGGUAUGGCCUGGGCCUUGUGUUUUCCCUGACUUUACACAAUCUAAUGCUCGUUCAUGGUGGGCUAGUCUAGUUAAAGGUUUCGUCUCUAAUGGUGUUGAUGGCAUAUGGAAUGAUAUGAAUGAACCAGCUGUUUUCAAGGUCGUAACGAAGACGAUGCCUGAAAGCAACAUUCAUCGUGGAGAUAUUGAACUUGGAGGUUGUCAAAAUCACUCAUACUAUCACAAUGUUUAUGGCAUGCUGAUGGCAAGAUCAACUUAUGAAGGCAUGAAAUCAGCUGAUGAAAAUAAGCGUCCUUUUGUUCUAACUAGAGCUGGGUUUAUAGGCAGUCAGAGGUAUGCUGCAACAUGGACAGGAGACAAUCUUUCUACUUGGGAGCACCUUCAUAUGAGUAUCUCAAUGGUUCUUCAAUUGGGGCUCAGUGGUCAGCCUCUUGCAGGACCAGACAUUGGCGGGUUUGCUGGGAAUGCAACACCUAAGCUAUUUGGAAGGUGGAUGGCUUUGGGUGCUAUGUUUCCUUUUUGUCGUGGGCAUUCAGAAAUUGACACCAUUGACCAUGAGCCUUGGUCCUUUGGGGAAGAGUGUGAGGAAGUUUGCCGCCUGGCAUUGAAGAGGCGAUAUCGUCUUUUACCGCACAUAUAUACCCUUUUUUACAUGGCUCAUACAAGGGGUACUCCGGUUGCAACUCCUACUUUCUUUGCUGACCCAAAAGACCCCAGGUUAAGAAAAAAUGAAAAUACAUUUAUGUUGGGACCACUUCUAAUCUAUUCAAGCACAAUGUGUGACGAAGGGAUAGAUCAGCUGCAGCAUGUGUUGCCUAAAGGCAUUUGGUUGAGUUUUGAUUUUGGUGAUUCACAUCCGGAUAUACCAGCACUAUAUUUGCAAGGUGGAUCGAUUAUUCCUGUGGGUCCUGCUAUUCAACAUGUAGGUGAAGCUAACCCGACGGAUGAUCUAUCGCUGCUUGUGGCUUUAGAUGAGCAUGGUAAAGCUAAAGGUGUUCUCUUCGAAGAUGAUGGAGACGGAUAUGAAUUCACUAGAGGUGGAUAUCUCCUAACAACAUAUGUUGCUGAACAUGAGUCUUCAGUUGUUACUGUGAAAAUCGCCGAAACUGAAGGGUCAUUAAGAAGGCCAAAACGUCGUUUACACAUACAACUAUUACUUGGCGGGUGUGCAAGGCUUGAUGCUUGGGGUGUCGAUGGAGAGAUUAUUCAAGUCAAGAUGCCUUCAGAAGACGAAGUGUCUAAAUUGGUAUCUACAAGUGAGAAACAAUACAAGAUUGGAAUAGAAACUGCUAGGCGUAUUCCAGAUGUGGAAAAGGUUUCUGGACACACGGGAAUAGAACUUUCAAGGACUCCAAUUGAACUAAAAAGUUCUGUUUGGGCUCUCAAGGUGGUUCCUUGGAUAGGGGGAAGAAUUAUCUCAAUGGAGCACCUUCCUUCAGGAACUCAGUGGCUUCAUAGCAGAGUUGAAGUCAAUGGGUAUGAAGAAUUUAGCGGUACUGAGUACCGGUCUGCUGGAUGGUCUGAGCCAUAUAAUGUCAUUGAGAGGAAUCUUGAGCAGGCAGGAGAGCGAGAAUCUCUUAUGCUAGAAGGUGAUAUUGGUGGUGGACUAGUCAUUGAACGACAGAUAUCUUUUCCAGAAGAUAACUCAAACAUCUUCCGUAUUGACUCAAGGAUUUUAGCCCGUACAGUUGGUGCUGGUUCUGGUGGAUUUUCAAGGCUUGUUUGCUUACGAGUGCAUCCGAUGUUCACACUCUUGCACCCUACGGAAUCUUAUGUCUCGUUCACCUCCAUUGAUGGUUCUAAGCAUGAAGUUUGGCCGGAGUCCAAUGAGAUGUUUUUUGAAGGGGACCUUCGUCCCAAUGGUGAAUGGAUGCUUUUCGAUAAAUGUACUGGCUUGGGUCUAGUAAACCGGUUUAAUGUGAGUGAGGUUCAUAAGUGUCUUGUACAUUGGGGAACCGGAACAGUUAAUUUAGAGCUUUGGUCUGAAGAUAGGCCGGUUUCAAAGGAAUCGCCUCUUAGAAUCUCUCACGAGUACGAGGUCACAAGUAUCGCAUAAUCUUUGCUUUCCCAAGACAAAAUAAGAAGCUUUUGGCAGAGGUUGCCAAAACGGUAAAGCAGAACGCUGCAGUUGCAUCUGCUUGAGUACGUAUCUGUACUUUUUCUAAUCUUCUUUUACUUAGUAGAGUUGAUUUCUUCUGAAGACAACGACGCUGUAACAAGAAAACCUGAAACAUAGCGCGAUUCAACACUUUCCGAAUGAUAGAGAGCGUCUUCCUGUAAUUUGGGCAUCACUCACUUAAAAACUGGGUUGCCAUGCUACCUAUUUGAGAUGAAACGUGUUUUCCAAUCCCCAAUGGAACUAUAUUAAGGAAUACAAUUUCACAUUGCUUGAGUA